AUGCAGGCGUGCUUCGCAAGCUUGCUUCGCGUUCGAUCUGCAUUGGGAGAUCUUGUUCAUGCGUACCGCAACGAUCCUGAAUUUCCAAAGGCUUCAUUUCGUCUUCAAAAAGAUGACAACACGAUGACAGAUGUUGUUCGUUGCUAUGGGAAGAUUCACGCAGCGUUUGUUGCAAGUCCCUAUGCUUCACAUCUUGUACCUGUAGUGGAAAAGCACUGGGCGAAUUGUGAGCAGCCGCUAAUGCUUUUAGCGUUCGCUCUGCAUCCACUCUACGUGACACACACUCGCCGAUUGAUCGAGGCCCACAACAACACAGUGUUUUUGAUGUCGGUAGACGGGAUAUCUGCUGCAGCCGAUUACUACUAUUGUCGAUACGUUGACGCUAACAACAACGGCCUCACUGGUGAUGUAGACAAAUGGCUAUGGGGUAAAUGUACACCCAAGAUGUACACGGAUUUUACUGAUCCAAAUGGCAUCCUUCAAUCUUCUGGAGUCAUUGCUUUCUGGGUUCACGUGGGCGCUUCCAAGUGCGGAAAAGAAAGCAAGCUUCCUCAUAUAGCGAAGGUUAUUCUGUCGGUCUCAAUGAAUACUGCUACGUGUGAACGCUACUUCAGUGAACUUGGAUUGAUACACACUCCGCGACGGAAUAAACUAAGGUUUGAUAAGACUCGCCUUAUUUCGAUCAUUCGUAAUGAAGUUCGAGAGCGGAAUCGUCGAGAAGGAGAUACUGAUGAAACCUGUAAACCGAAGAAACCCAUCGAUCCAACGGAACGCCCCAAAAAGCAAACAAACGGAGUUUCCGAUUCAGCAACGUCCCUGCCAUCACUUGCUGAAAACACUGAUGUCGAUUAUAUGGAAACGGUGGGAGCUGUGGACUUUUGGCUUGAAGCGAUUGCCGGUCUUGAAGAAGAUGUUCCUCCCAAUUUCAGUUCGGUGGAAAAUGAAGAAGAAGAAUGGUACGUGUAUGACGCCGACAUGGAGCCUAUUCCUGUAGCGGAUCGAAGCCAAAAGCUUCCUGGCAUCAAUGUCUCGUCGUUUCCUCAAGAGACUUGUCUGUCGGGGAUAAGAGCACAAAAAUCAACUCUGGGAGCGUUAUUUUCCUGUCACAUGGAGCUUUUCCCUGCAGCAGCGUCACAAUGA